UAGGUAGAAGUCUAGAAGUUUAGAAGUUACCAAGUUACAGUUACAUUUAGUUGAGUUGAGAGAGCACUCAAAGGUCGUAGGACGAGCUGUCAAGGUUAUCUAGAAACAUUUUAAUUGCGGGAACCUUAAGUUUAUAGUGCUUUUUUUCAAAUUAAGAACUGUAAAAGACAAGCUGAACCGAUUAAACUGUCACUUAUUUUAAUUUCAACCCUUCAAUAUGGCAGAGUACCACAUAGAAGAUAAGAUGAAAAAUGUUAGUUGUAAUUCCGAUAUCAACAUAUUACUAUUAGGAGCAUCAGGAGUUGGCAAAUCAACUUUCAUCAAUGCAUUUGCCAACUACCUAACUUUUAUUGAUAUUGAGGAAGCGAAAUACAAUGCACCAAUGGUACUAAUUCCUGGCAAGUUUACUGUGUUUGAUAAUGAGGGUAACGCACAUGAUAUUACUACGGGAGAUCCAGAUAAAAACGAAUAUAUACAAACUGGAGAAUCUGCUACCCAGGACGUGAAAACUUAUGUUUUUCCAAUAAUGGAUGGAGCAAUAAAAAUACGUCUCAUUGACACUCCAGGAAUGGCUGAUAACAGAGGAAUAGAUCAGGACGAUAUAAAUGCCGAAAAUAUUUUAAGAUAUAUUGCCAAUUUACAUGAGCUGCAUGCUAUUUGUUUUCUUUUAAAACCUAACGAAUCCAGAUACACAGUCUUUUUCCAAUACUGUAUGAAUCAAAUUUUUUCACGCUUGGAUAAGAGCGCAUGCGAUAAUAUCAUCUUUUGUUUUACACAUACGAGAGGAUCAGAUUAUGGGCCUGGAGCAUCCAUUAGAAUAUUGGAAAAGGCAAUAAAUGAAAUUGCCAGCCGCCCUCCUUAUGCUAAAAUUAGUAUGAAGAGAAAUAUUUUUUAUUUUGAUAAUGAAUCUUUUAAAUAUCUCUCAUCCGUUCAGAGGGGCAUUCGUUUUGACCCUAAUAUUGAAGAAAGAAAUAAAGAGAGCUGGGACAAGUCUGCUCAACAGAGUUGGAAAUUAAUUAGAUAUAUAACAGGAGAUAGCAAAAAUAAGCCACUAAGGCCUCACUUUGUAAAGAGUACAAAUGCUAUCAACGAAGCUAGAAGAAUGAUCACUCAACUGUCACAACCUCUGGCAGAGAUAACCCAAUUAAUACAUCACAAUAUGAGUGUUUUAGAAAGACACAACGAAAUAUUACGAAAUGCUAAUGAAACAUUAGAUGAAAUGAAAAACAAACUUUAUGUACCAGUUAUUGGUUUGGAAAGUACUACCUUAAACCAACCUGUAACAGUUUGUGCAGAAAGAAAGUGUUGCGAAGUUUAUACUAUAGGCGAAAAAAAUGUUUUUCAUUAUAAACAGAGAUGUCACGAUCCGUGCUACUUAACAGGAGUUCCUAAAGAUAUUAUUGGUGCAGCGGAACUAAUAGAUUGUUGGGCGAUGAACGGGACCUCAACUUGUACUCAGUGCAUGUGUGAUUUUAAAGUGCACAUGCAUGUGUAUUAUCUAACAAAACCUGUAGAAAAACAAGAAGUUGAUGAAAAUAUCCAAAGAAACAUAACCAGCAAAGAGGAUUUGAUAAAAAGUAAACAACAAGUUAUAAGAGAUAUAGAAGUAAAACAUAGUGAGUUACAUAAUGAACAUCAAGUUGUUGUAGAAAUUUGUGCUAAAUUCGCUCACUUCUUACAAAACAAUGCCAUCACUCCGUUCAAUGAUUCCUACAAGGAAUAUAUUGAGUAUCUCAUUAACAGAGAAAGGUCAUUGGGAAGAGAUUGUAAUAAAGAAACUGUCAAACAUCUUGAACAGCUUUUACUUCAGUACGUCGAAAUCAAAAACCGUUUCGACGAAGCCCUUAAGAGUAACAAAGCCAUGGGCAAAGAUGCAGUCAUUACUGCUGAAGAUGUAAGUGAAUCUAUCAAUAAAUUGUACAGUUUAAAGCAUAAUGGCAAGAAAAUUGAAGAACUGUACAAUUGCCAGAAGAAGUCAAGAACUAAAGAAUUUAAAAAUAUGGAAUAUAUUCACAAAAUGCCGUGCAAGGCCAAAGUGGAAAAAAGCGAAGAAAAGAAAAAGAAGGACCAGAAACAAAAAUUUGAAAAGGAUGAUAUCGAUGUAGAUAACGAAAAGAAAAAUAAAUAUAUAGACCAGAAACAAGAAGUUAAAGAGGAUGAAAUCAAUAUAGAUAAUGAAAAGAAAAAUAAAAAUAUAGGCCAGAAACAAGAAGUUGAAGAAGAUGAUAUCAAUGCAGAUAAUGAAAAUAAAAAUAAAAAUAUAGACACUAGGCAUACCAUAGAACCCAGACAAGACAUUCAAAAUACAAAGAAAGAAAGAAAUAUUCUCUGGGGUAUUGUAAACUGGUUUUUUGGUCCUUCCCAAAGGCGAAUUCAUCAGGUGCAGAAAGACCAUACAAACAGGGGAGACUCCGAUUCGGACAAAUCCGAUUCAGAUUAAAACUUUCGUUCUUUUUUUAUUAAUAUAUUAGUACCUAAGUGUUUUAGUAUAAGUACCUACCGUUCGCUCACCCAAAUGUCGAAUUAGUAACAUUGUAAAAUCAUUUUGUAUUAACUAAACUAUCGGGCAAAUCCGAUUGAGAUUAAAACUUUCUUUCUGUUUUUAUUAAUAUAUUAGUACCUAAGUGUUUUAGUAUAAGUACCUACCGUUCGCUCACCCAAAUGUCGAAUUAGUAACAUUGUAAAAUCAUUUUGUAUUAACUAAACUAUCGGACAAAUCCGAUUCAGAUUAAAACUUUCGUUCUUUUUUUAUUAAUAAUAUAUUAGUACCUAAGUGUUUUAGUAUAAGUACCUACCGUUCGCUCACCCAAAUGUCGAAUUAGUAACAUUGUCAAUUCAUUUUGUAUUAACUAAACUAUAGCACCAAAACUAAAGUUUUGUAGGUGUCUGAAUGAAUCAAAUAAAAUUAUUUAGAGUUGACAAUAAUCCUCCCAUUGCUGUUUUUUUUUUCUUAAUUGAAUUUUUUACUUUUUCAAAAUAUAUUACCGAACCAGGUUUCUUGCUAUUCUUUCCUAUACAGCUCAUAGUAUUUUUUAAUGAAGGUACCUAUAUAUUUAUAUUUCGAAUAUUUUUCUGAAGUUGGUACGUAUAGCAAUCUGGUUAUCAAAAUACACCAGUUGCACUAAGUUUGAUUUUCUGUAUGGUACUUACUCUCUUUCUUAAACAUCUAUUCUCUAUUGUUCGCAGUAAAAAAUAUAUUUAUUUGUCUUAUGACGUUAUUUAUGACAUCGUUCGAAGUAAUGAUUAUAUAGGUAGUGAAGGGCAAAAUUAUGAAAUAAAUUAAUUUCUUCGAGAAUGGGAGAUUUUGGUAAGAAAUCCCGAAACAGGUCAAUUUAUAUUUUUAAACCAUGAUUAUUUUGCAUAUAUAUCAUACUAGUGAUGUCAUCCAUCUGGGUGUGAUGACGUAAUCGAUCAUUUUUUAACUGAGAAUAGGGGUCGUGUGAUAGUUCAGUUGAAAGGUUAUCCAAUUCUCUUUUCAGUAAAAUAAACAUUACCAUAAUUAUUUUAUAUUAUUUAUACAGAGUGGCCAAAAUGAUUUUGUAAAUAAAUUAAUUCACACAAAAAGAAGAAUGUAUGUAAUUUAUUUAAUUCAAAAUACAUUUUACUGCAGUCAGAAAACAGAAACAGAUGACAAAUGAACAUAGCUUUUCGCUUAAAUUAGAUGUUCAAACUGCCAAGAGGCAGGUGGAUGGGAGCCUUAACAUUAAAUUUAACCAAAAAGCAAUGUUUAUUUUUCAACAUUUUUUUCUAGUUUCUUAGAGCAGUAAAAUGCAUUUUGAAUUAAAUAAAUUACAUACAUUCUUCUUUUUUUUUGUGAAUCAAUUUAAUACAAAAAUUAUUUUUUUUCCUACCAUGUAUAAAUUAUUAUGGUGAUGUUUACAUUACUGAAAUGAGAUUGGAAUAACUUUUCAAAUGAACUAUCAAACGAGCCCUAUUCUAAUUUUAAAAAAAUUAUCGAUUAUAACAUGUAUGCCCAAAAAUCAUAAUUUAAAAAUGAAAAUCGACCUGUUUCGGGAUUUCCCUCCAAAAUCUCCCAUUCUCGAAAAAAUAAAUUUAUUACAUAAUUUUGAGUCUCUCUGUAUAGGCCGAACCUACUUGGUAGAUUUGCUCUUUUGUUUAUAUAUUAUCUUCUUUUUAUAAUUUUGUUUUAUUUGUUGUUCAUUUGUUAAGUACCUACAUUCUUCAGAAUUGAUUUAACUUACCGAGUUUAUCACGAGAUAUCAACUUCAUUGUUUUCGUUGCUUUUAUUGUAUCAUAUUUCUCUUAUUGUAUUCCUCUUUGUCCAUUUACUUCUUGUUUUUGUUACUCUAAAUUCUAAAUCCUCCUCAAAAUGUACAGUUCAUAAUAAUUUAUAUUGAGUAGUAUUCUUGAUAACUUGUUUUGUAACUCAUCUUCUUAUUUCU